AUGGUCGUCGUUGCAGUUGCUGGAGGUACCGGAAACGUUGGCCGGACUUUAGUUGAGGCCAUUGUCGCCGCUGGCAAACAUGAGGUCAAGAUUCUCGCUAGAAAGGAAAACCCUGACUUGGAGAAGAAGCUUGGAGCUUCCAUCAUCGCUGUCGACUAUGCGGACAUUGAGGCCACAACCAAGGUCCUCGAAGACAACAACGUUCACACCGUCAUCUCCGCCAUUAAUAUGAUGCCCCCGACAGGCGAAGCUCCCAAGGAGUUUGAACUGAUCCGUGCCGCCGAUGCAUCAACGACAACCAAAAGGUUCAUCACUAGCGGCUGGGGCGUGCCCCAUACUGAGCAACAAGGCAGUCAACUGCCCUCAAUUCCUAACAAGCUCAAAGCUAAGGCUCUGCUGAAAGAGACCAAAGGCCUCGAGUACACAGUCAUCCACAACGGAUACUUCUUGGACUACUGGGCAACGCCUGCCAUCCCGUCCAACAUGACUCCUUUCACACUCGUCCUCGACAUCCCAAACAACGUUGCGACCAUCCCUGGGUCUGGCAACACUCCGGUUGCAUUCACUCACACCGCAGACGUGAGCAAGUUUGUCGCCGCCGCUUUGGACCUCGAGAAGUGGGAGCCUGAGACAUUCAUUGUUGGUGAUAAGGUCACCUGGAACGAGUUUCUUCAGCAUGCGGAGGCUGCCAAGGGCACGAAGUUCAAGGUCACCUACGACAGUGUCGACAAGUUGAAGACUGGUCAGGUGACGGAGCUCCCUUCCCAUGUUCCUGUGUAUCCCUUCUUCCCCAAGGAGGCUUUGCAGGGCAUGGCUUCCCUGUUUGGUCAGUGGUUCGAGGACGGAGUUUUUGACCUCCCCCCUGCUGGUACCAAGACUCUCAACGAGGUUUUCCCCGAAAUCAAAGCCUGGACUGUCAAGGACAUUCUCAACGCUGCUUGGAAGAAGGCCUAG